GCAGCGAGUUGACAACGACUCAAAAGAAGAGAACUGAGCUAGAAAGUAGGCGGCAUGCUUGAUGUCACUCAAGAUACAGAGCUUAUUGCUCUGGACAUUCGUGGUUGGCGCAUCACAACAGAGCGUCGGCCCAUCUCCAAUGCAAAAGAGAUUGAGUCCCUCCAAACAGCUCUGGAUAUUCCAAUGCCAGAAAUGAUCUUUGGCAACAAUGUAGUACGUGUUGCUUGUCCAGCGCUGGGUAUAGAUCUCGCUUGGUCGGCUCACGAAGCACUGGAUCAAGUAGACAAGCACGGGACAAAGCUCAAGGUGGUCUACUCUGAGCAUUGGAACAAGACGAGAGAUCAGCACUCGGAAGACAUCAAGCAUGUCACAAAGCCAUAUGAUUGGACCUACACUACAGCCUAUGCUGGUAGCUGCGAGCAAUGCACUUGGCAAGAAACUGAAGAAGGACUGCCUAUGGCGCUUCUGAAGCGACAGGAUCCUAUAUUGCUCUACGACGAGGUUGUCCUGUACGAAGAUGAGUUGGCUGACAAUGGCACAUCACUCUUUUCAAUACGUGUCCGUGUAAUGCCGGAUCGUCUACUGGUUCUUGCACGAUUCUUCCUGCGACUGGACGGCGUAUUGUUUCGCAUCAGAGAUACACGGCUAUUUUGUGAAUUGGCAGAUGGCAAGGUCUUGAGGGAAUAUGUAUCUCGUGAAGAGGAAUUCGACAAGGUCAAGGCUCAAAUCCCGCCGUAUCAGCAAGACGAAGCAGGUACCUUGCUUGAUGAUGCAAACUGGGUCCUUGAGCGAUGUCCCAUCGUUGAAAGACGCAUGGAGACACUCAAAGCGAGCAAGACAGCUUGA